AUGCGUGUUUUGGUUAUGAGGAAGGUGGCUGACAGACAUGAGGUGAGUAGUGGCCUGGCGGUGGGAUGGCCUGAUCCUGAGGUGCGAGGGGAGCAGUGGGAGGACCUGAGGGCACUCUGCUGGCCCAGGAAGCACCGGUGCCCGAGUGGCUUGUCUGCCUGCCCUUUUAGAGCUGCCAACUUCAGGAACUUCACCUUCAUCCAGCUGAGCGGAGAGUUUUCCCCGGGAAAGGGCCUCGAUGUGGGAGCCCGCUUCUGGAAGGGAGGCAACGUCCUUCUGUUUUUCUGUGACGUUGACAUCCACUCCACCUCCGAAUUCCUCAAUACCUAUAGGCUGAACACACAGCCAGGGAAGAAAGUGUUUUACCCAGUCCUUUCCAGUCAGUACAAUCCUGGAAUAACAUACGGGCAUCACGAUGCGGUCCCUCCCUUGGAACAGCAGCUGGUCAUAAAAAAGGAAACUGGGUUUUGGAGAGACUUCGAAUUUGGGAUGACAUGUCAGUAUCGGUCAGACUUCAUCAAUACAGGUGGGUUUGAUCUGGACAUCAAGGGCUGGGGCGGAGAGGACGUGCACCUGUACCGCAAGGACCUGCACAGCAACCUCACAGUGGUGUGGACGCCUGUGCGGGGCCUCUUCCGCCUCUGGCACGAGAAGCGCUGUGCGGACCAGCACCCUGAACGGUACCGGAUGUGCAUGCAGUCCAAGGCCGUUAAUGAGGCCUCCCAAGGGCAGCUGGGCAUGCUGGUCGUCAGGCAUGAGAUCAAGGCUCACCUUUGCAACAGGGGCAGUAGACAAACAAGCAUCAGAUUGAUGCCCACGUCCAAGGACCUGCCAGAUGCCGACCCCGCCAGGCUCUGUGUCAGACCCUCACCUGGAAGGCCACUGACGGACCAAGACAUGAAGUACUUUAUCCGAGGAGUAUUUCCGAAGAGAAGCAACUGA